CUCACUGACUCGCCCCACUCCCCCAACCCCAAGAUGCCCAAUUCUCUCCUGCUUCUCCUCCUCGUCCUCCGCGCAGUCGCCGGAGACGCCGCCGCCGAUUCAGCAGACCCCUGCGCGGGCCGUAGGAUCCACAUCCGGGACUUGCCCCCGCGCUUCAACACGCAUCUCCUCCGCCACUGCGACGCCGCCUUCCCGCUCGCCGACCCGUCCUCGUCGGUCACCUCUGCGCCGACCUGCGAGUCGCUCGCCAACCACGGGCUCGGCCCGCGCACCCACGCCCGCAGCCGCUCCUGGUACCGCACCGACGCGCGCCUCCUGGAGCCCUUCUUCCACCGCCGACUCCUCGAGCGCCGCUGCCUCGUCGCCGACCCGAGCCUCGCCGACGCCGUCUUCCUCCCGUACUACGCGGCGCUCGACUCUAUCCCCUACGUGCUUGACCCCUCGCUCCUCAACUCCUCCGCGCUUCACGGCGCGUCCCUUGCCCAGUUCCUGGCGCGCGACCGGCCUCAGAUCCUGGCGCGUCGGCACGGGCACGACCAUUUCAUGGUCCUCGGCGGGUCCGCGUGGGACCACUCGCAGCCGCCGCACGCGGAGCCCCGGCUGCUGGGCACCACGUCGCUGGUCAGGCUGCCGGAGUUCGAGAACUUCACGUUCCUGGCGCUGGAGUCGCGCUCGUGGCCGUGGCAGGAGCACGCGAUCCCGCACCCGACGUCUUUCCACCCGGCCUCGCUCCCGCGGCUGGAGGCUUGGCUCGCGCGCGCGCGGCGCUCCCGCCGCACCACGCUGAUGCUCUUCGCCGGCGGCGUCUCGCGCCCGUCCAGGCCCAACAUCCGGGGCUCCAUCCUCGCCGAGUGCGCGAACCGCACCGACGCGUGCGUCGUCGUGGACUGCUCGGCCGGCAAGUGCUCCCACGACCCCGUCCGGUACAUGCGCCCGAUGCUGGGUGCCAAGUUCUGCCUGGAGCCGCCGGGGGACACGCCGACGCGGCGGUCCACGUUCGACGCCAUACUCGCCGGGUGCGUGCCGGUGUUCUUCGAGGACGCCGCGGCGAGGCGGCAGUACGGCUGGCACCUCCCCCCAGGGCGGUACGACGAGUUCUCCGUGUACAUACAGAAGGAGACGGUGGUGCUCGGGGGCGUGAAGAUCGGGGAGACGCUGGCGGCCGUGCCCGACGCGGAGGUGCGGAGGAUGCGGGAGCGCGCGCUGGAGAUGGCGCCCAGGGUGCUGUAUCGGAGGCACGGGAGCACCGCGGAGCUGAGGGAGGCGGGCAAUGACGCGGUCGACCUAGCCGUGGACGGCGCGCUCCGGAGGAUACGCAGGCGGGCUCGCGCGCUGGAGGAAGGCCAGCCGGAGAGGAUAUACGCGCAGGAGGACGACAGUGUCGACGCGUAGGACUACCAAAUGUCAAAUGAAAUGCUCUUGAAGACAUUCUCUUGGUCCGGAUUUGGGCAUUUCUAUAUCGUGCACUCCGCAGUUUACCUGCAUCUUUCGCUUUGAAGAGUGUACAUUUGCUAUGUCAUCCACGACCACGAGAUUAGUUCUUGUAAAUGUGGGCAAGUCAUUUGCAUUUUCAAGUGUUGCUAUAGAACUAGACUACUGAACGAAGUGGCUAGAAGGAGAAUAGGAUGGUUGAAGUCUGUAUUUUUAUGGUUUAAUGCAAACUGGUCGUGAUCACAUAAUAAUUCUUUUUGUAGUAGGUAUUUAUUCCUCAAAAAUAGUGUUACUGCUAAUACAA